GUCGGUCGUGUCGGUCCUUUUGUGGUUGGCUGUUGCGGCCCGUUUCGCGUGGUGUCAAAUUUCCUUUCCGACAGACACAUCGAUUGAAGACACCUUAACCCUAACCAAGACACCUUUAAAGGUCAAUUUGAAAAUUUGACCUCGGAUCAAGGUCAUUAUCUGACUGCCCAGUCGCCGAUCAGCCAUGGCCGAACUGGACUUGGACAACGAGUUUCUGGGCCAGGGCGACUCGGGCGCCAGCUCCACCUUCCCACAGCAGUGCUCAGCGCUGCGCAAAAACGGAUUCGUCAUGCUCAAGGGACGCCCGUGCAAGAUCGUCGAGAUGUCCACCUCCAAGACGGGCAAGCACGGCCACGCCAAGGUGCACAUGGUGGGCAUCGACAUCUUCACGGGGAAAAAGUACGAGGAUAUCUGUCCGUCCACGCACAACAUGGACGUGCCCGUGGUGCGACGCUUCGAAAUGCAGCUAAUCGAUAUCGACGACGGCUUCUGCACUCUGAUGGACGACAAGGGUGAGACCCGCGGCGACCUGCGCGUGCCCGAGGGCGCCCUCGGCCAGCAGCUGCAGAAGGACUUUGACGACGGCAAGGAGCUGCUGUGCACCGUCCUGAAGGCGUGCACCGAAGAGUGCAUCAUCGGAACCAAGGUCAACACUGCCGCCUAGAGACCCACCACCGCUUCGCUGCCGGUUGGAGGCGCCUUCACCGGCCUCUGACGACACCGGGGCCCUGACAGACGACCCCGACCGUGACAGCGCGACUGUCAGGACCGACACCGGCCUGGCAGCCGGUUAUCUGUCGGGUGAGGUCAGCCCGGUGUCACGCGCGGGCGCUCUCUGACUGUGGUUUGCUGAGCGGAGGUGUGAGGUUUUUAGGGAGAGGAGCCGGAGUACGGGAGUGCGGCGUGCUCUCUCCCCGUGUGUACGGGCUGGGUGGGUGUGCGUGCUAUCGUAACUGCCCCUGUGUGGUGUCUUUGUGCGAGCUUUGGACUUUGCGUGCGUUGUGCGGGGCUGGCCAGUUCUGCCCAUGACUUCCCAUGAAAGCGCGUCUUGUUUUGUAUGUUGAGUGUAUCAGCAUAAUACCUGAGUGGGUGGGUCAAAAUGUAGUGGCAGCUGUGGCGUUUUCGGUUCUCGUCAAUACGUUUUGGAGGUUUGGAACUCGCGAUAUUAGAAUUCGUUCGAUUGAUUCUUGAUUGAAUCGUGACCACUGCUAGGAUACUCUCAGUUUUGGUUGUGGCCAGCAACUCGGCUACGAUAAUCGUAUGGUUCGCCUUUGUCACACGCGGCCCUGCAAUGAGUGCUUAUCGGACCUUUGUUACAUUUCUACGGCAGACAGGCUCAUCAGGGCGCAGCAAUACGCACUAUGAUUGAUUUAAUUCGGUAAUGGCAGUUCUCGGGCCCGGUCCGACACUGCGCGGUUGAUUGAUUGUAUUCUAAUCAUCGCAGCUAGUCACCUGAUUAUUGGUGUAGCCACGCCGAUCUACUGAGCCUUAAUUCUAGUCGUGACUGUAUUGUGGAGUGGAGUGUCCGUUUGUCAGCCGAGUUCUCUCCGCCUAACCCGGACCUGUCACCACGGCGGGCCGGUCCGGUCUGGUCUCCGGACCAUCUCUGGUCCGUAUCGGCCGGUCUAAUCGGACCAUCAGGGAAUGCCCACUGCUGCGUCCUUCGUGGGUCGGCAUGACGCAGGGCCUGGUCACUUGCGGCCUCCGACGACCUUCGCAGGCCGGCAGGGCGACAGGGCGGCUGUCAGUGUGAGAGCGGAACGGGGUGGACGGGGGCGGGCUCCACACGGCAGUCCUCUGCGGUCUGCACCGCACACACCUCCAGUGACUGGCCCGGCGAGAAUACAGAUCAUAGGCGAGCUUCUGUAAUCAAACGCGCGUCAGUAAAACUGCGACUGCUGGUUUUGGUCGGGAAUCGAGAUGCUUUGAGAUUACAAUUCGCAUGUGAUUACCAUUGACGAUUUGGAAUGGUUUACGAUGAACGAUUUAGGGUGUUUUACGGCGGAGGUUUCGGCACGCUUUAUGGCGGUGAAUUAGGGUGUUUUACGAGCUUACAUGGAAGUGCUGUCGGGAUGAUCGCUUUACUCACGGGACGCGAGCUGUGAUUGUGGAUGUGCCAAGCGAAUCGACACCGAUUUUCUACCCGAGCCUUGGCGUUGUAAUCCCUCCCAAAGUUGUUAAUAAAUUUUUAUCGAUGA